AUGAGGUAUUCUAUCGCCCUUUUUAUGGCUUUGUCAGUGGCUCAGAGUGAUGCUUUCUUGCCACAAAAGUUGCCCACUUUGACAAAAGCUCCCGCCACCUCUCUUCACAUGGCCGUUCCGGCUCAAUCGGUGUUUUUAACUCCAGAAACCGCCAAGGCAUGCAUCGAUUCUGCUGGUGGCAGUCCUGUCUAUGCUUAUUCUUUGGGAAAAUUGGAAGAAUCUGCCGACGCCUGCUUGGCAUUCCCCAAUGCCUUUGGACUGACUGUUCGAUUCGCCAUGAAGGCUUGUCCCAAUCGAGCCAUUUUGCAGUACUUCCAUUCCAAGGGAAUCCAUAUUGAUGCUUCGUCAGGAUAUGAAGUCCGUCGAGCCGUGACGGCAGGAAUCCCUCCAGAAAAUAUUAGUCUGAGCACCCAAGAAUUGCCUGCUGACUUUGCCGAAUUCAUUGAUAUGGGAGUCAAGAUCAACUGUUGUUCAAUCUCACAGCUAGAACGAGUUGGACAACACUACGACGGAAAAGGUCAAAAAGUUGGUAUUCGAGUCAACCCCGGCGUAGGUUCAGGUGGGUUUUCUGCUUCUACCACAUCCUUUUCCAAAACCAAUGUUGGAGGUCCCUCGUCAUCCUUUGGAAUUUGGCACGAUCUUGUGAACGAUGGGACUGUGCCGGAUAUCGUUGAAAAGUAUGGCUUGGAUGUGGAACGAAUUCAUACACAUAUUGGAUCCGGCAGUGAUCCCAAGAUUUGGCAAGAAGUAGCCAAGAAAACUCUCUCCUUUUGCGCGAUCUUUCCUGGAGUGACGGCCUGCAAUUUGGGAGGAGGAUACAAGGUGGGACGAAAUGAAGGAGAGCCGACAACCGACUUGCAAGAGAUUGGCGGGCCUGUCGCCGAUGCUUUUCGUGAUUUUGCCGCAGAAAAUGGACGGGAGCUGCAGCUGGAGAUUGAGCCUGGCACCUACCUUGUUGCCAUGGCUGGAGCCUUGGUCAGCACUAUUCAGGAUAAGGUGCAAACCACGGGCGAGGCCGGUCACACUUUCUUGAAAUUGGACUCCGGAAUGACCGAUGUCCUCCGACCAUCUCUCUAUGGCGCCAAUCAUCCGAUAACAAUUUUGCCUGGAAGCGGAGACAGCGCUGAUGUGGGAUCUGAGACAGAAAAUGUUGUGGUGGUAGGUCAUUGCUGUGAAAGUGGAGACUUGAUGACACCCAUGCCAGGCUCUCCUGAGGAACUGGCCGAGUUUCCUCUACGAAAGGCUGAGAUUGGGGAUAUUUUGGUGAUGGACGGAAGUGGAGCUUACUGCUCAGGGAUGAGCACCAAAAACUACAACAGUUUCCCAGAAGCUCCAGAGGUUUUGGUGGGAAAGGAUGACAAGGUCCAUGUCAUCAGAGUACGCCAACAACUGGAACAGGUGUACCAGAACGAAGUUAGUCCCGAAGGCAUGUUUUGA